UUCGCGGUAGCCAUGGCAACAGUACAUCAACUUCCCUGUGAGUGGCCUGUAGCUGAGUCUGGCCUCAUCGAAAAUGUCAAAAAUAUCUGCUAUGAACAAACGGGCGACACAGGCGCUCGCUGAGAACAUUUCGAAACAAGUGGAGCACUUCAGUAAAAAAGAGGUUGAGUGCCUUAUCCGAGAGUUUAACGUCCUUAUGGCGGAGCAGAACAACUCUGGCAGAGCUGUGCAAGGUCUGGACCGAGGGAAGUUCAUAAGCACACUCCACAGCAUCUUUGGACUGACUGAUGACAGGAUGACGGGUAGAGUCUUCAGGACAUUUGACAAAGACAACGACAGUGUUGUCAGCAUGAAAGAGUGGAUCGAGGGACUGUCCGUCUUUCUUCGGGGGACCUUGGAUGAAAAAAUAAAAUACUGCUUCUCUGUCUACGACCUGAAUGGUGACAAUGCCAUCUCUAGAGAGGAGAUGCUUCAUAUGCUGAAGGGCAGGCUCAUCAGACAGCCCAAUGAGGAGGACCCUGACGAAGGAAUCAAAGACCUGGUGGAGAUCAUACUGAAGAAGAUGGACUAUGACCAUGACGGCAAAUUGUCUUUUGAAGAUUUUGAAAAGGCUGUGAAAGAUGAGCACCUAUUGCUGGAAGCUUUUGGAACCUGCCUUCCUGACUUCAGGAGAAUCGAGAUGUUUGAGGGACACGUAUUUCAGGAACAAUUCGAACAAUAACCAAAUCACAUAACUGCAUACCCAGCCAAAACAUCUUUAAUAUUAACCUCAAUGGAACGGUGCUGUGAUACAAAAUUUGUUUAAUUAAGAAAAAGAAAAAAAAAAUCCUGCUCUAUCAAAUCCGACGGCGUGGUUUGACCUUCUUCUCCACUGGUUUGAUGUCUGGACUCGAUGUCACCUAGGAGAGACAAUGAAACUGGAUUAACUGUAAAAAGUGAUUUAGAGCAUAGUGAAAAUAUUAUUUUGUCCUUAAUUACAACCAAAACAAUAUAAUCACAUGUACCUGCUUCAAUGUGUUCCUGAUCAGGCUGACGGUUGUGUUCAGUGACUUAUCCUCCAUGUCCAGUUUGGAUGGUUCUGGUAGUUUUGGUCCAAUCAAAGGCUCGUUCUGCCCAGAAACAGUACUGGAGGCCUCCUCAGCCUCUUCCAUUUUGCGUUUCCGUUUCUCCAAGUGUGUGGUCCGAGGAAGAAAUCUGACUGCCGCAGCCUGAUGUGCUGACGGUCUGCUCGAUAAGGUCUGUUUGCUCCUUGAACUCCCUUCUCGCUGCUCUAAUGUGUCAGCACAGAUAUUGUGUAAAGUCCCCAUUUUAUCCUCUGUUGGUAAAUGUUGACUUUUAGGCCUAUGGUAAUGAUGUUCUUGGGGAGGUAAUGGCAGUAGAGGAAAGCCUAAAUAGUGGCUGACGUUUGGAGUCUCCCUUGUAUUGUCAUUUCCAGAGGUCUGUUUGUGUGUGAGGAUGUUGUCGUCUGACGUGGUAGUUGUUUCCGAUGAAGUAGGCUCUUCUUGUGUGUCCUCUUUCUGUUCCCUUUCUCUCACUUUGCAAUAAUAAAAUGAGACAGAAAAAAGUG